AGACACUCAAUUCUCAUUUCUCUCCUCAUGCUUCACAGAUUCAACAAUCUCAUCCGACCACUAACUACGACAGCCCGCACAAGUUCCAUAAUGGACGCUCUCGUUCAACGAUCAAUCCAAUUAGUUGCAGACAAGAAAAGACCUUCAAUCCCUUGGAAACUCGAUGAACCCUGGCAUCAGCCGUACUAUAUCCAUGAUGGUGAUAAAUGGACCGCUCGUGAAGCGAAGCCCUUAGACACACCUCCUUCUGCGAACAUUUCGAAACUAGCAUUACACAGCUGGAACAUCGACUUCAUGUUACCCUUUCCAGAGUCAAGAAUGAAGGCCGGCCUUAGGUACCUGCAGAAGCAUGUUGUCCAGUCCGAGGAUACCGCAGUAGCAAUAUAUCUCCAAGAAUGUGUAGAGUCAGACCUCAAAACUGUCUCCGAACAACCUUGGAUUCAGCAGAACUUUUGUAUCUCGGAUAUCGAUAUAUCGAAUUGGGCAUCGGGGCAUUAUGGCACAAUAACACUUCUCUCCCGCAGCACACCUCCAACUUCCCUCUUCCGCGUGCACUACAGUGCCACGAAAAUGGAGCGUGAUGUUCUCAUCUCAGACAUUCAAGUCGCCUCUCCCUCGCAACAGCAAGACCCUUUCACUAUCAGACUCUGCAACUCACACCUCGAAUCCAUGGCCUUCACACCUGCUCUUCGCCCGCCUCAGGUGUCUCUUAUAGCAUCCUACAUGCACCAGUCCCCGAAGAUCUCCGCAGCCGUUGCAGCAGGAGAUUUCAAUGCCAUACAACCCUUCGACAAGACACUGCAUUCAGACAACAAUCUCUUAGACGCCUAUCUGGAAUCUGGCGGCAAGGAAGGUGACACCGAAGGUCACACAUGGGGCCAGCAGGCGAGUACGGUUUUGCGAGAGAGAUUCGGGACGAGUAGGAUGGAUAAGGUGUAUUAUACGCCACCAGCAUCGGAAGGACAAGGAAGCUUGAAGUUGGCCAAGUUUGGGUAUUUUGGGAGAGAUGUAGUUGUGGAGGAUGAGAAGGAGGCGGAGGAGAUCAUGAACUUGGGCUUUGAGAAGGCCUGGGUGACGGAUCAUCUGGGCGUGGAAGCGGUGUUUGAGAUCGUUGAUGGGUCACAGAAGGAGAGUGGGCAGAGAAGCCAGGAGCAGGCGUCGCUAUAGAUUAAUGGCUAAGAUGUCAGACUGCGUUCCCUCCCAUGCGC